AUGUCGUCGUCCGAAGUCAAAGUUCCCUUCUUCAAGAAGGGAAAAGCCCGCCCCACUGCUACGCGAAGACAGCGCUCAGUAUCCCCCUCGACCUCUACCGACCCGAGCGGCACUCAGGUCGUCCUCCCGCAGAAGAAAGCGGCAGGCAACCUUCUGAGCGCGGGGACGAAGCGUAAGACCCACCAACGCGACGACCUCGACAACGACGAUGCUGAGAACGUGCGCGAGGGCCCCGACGUGAAGUACGCGGCUGGGGCCUCGCACAAGAACGACGCGGCUGAGAUUCUGGCUGGCGACGAAAUCGAGGCAGUCCUCGCGAAACGGCGGCGGAAGGAGGCUAUCGACGCGGGCGAGGAUGACGUGGAGAUGCCCGAGGACGGCAAAUAUCACGGUCAGAAAGCCUACAAGAGUCACUUGCAGAAGAGCAAGGAGGUCCCGAAGGCCAUGCGCCAGGGCCCGCAGCGCAGCGCGAACACGAUACGACAAGUGACUAUAGUGGACUAUCAGCCGGACGUGUGCAAAGAUUAUAAAGAAACUGGUUUCUGCGGCUUCGGCGACACAUGCAAGUUCUUACACGACCGUGGGACGUACCUGGCCGGGUGGCAACUCGACAAGCUGGCCGAGAACCCUCAGCGGCAAGCAGGCGACGCUUCUGAGUCUGACUCAGACUCAGACGACGAAGAUAUCCCCUUCGCUUGCCUCAUCUGCCGAAAACCGUACACCGACCCCAUCGUCACCCGUUGCGGUCACUACUUCUGCUCCGCCUGUGCCAUCAAGCGGUUCGCCAAAACGCCGAAGUGUCUGGCUUGCGGCUCUCCGACAGCCGGCAUCUUCAACCGCGCAGACAAGGUCAUCGAGAAGAUGCAGAAGAAGCGCAAGGAACGCGAAGAGCGCGACAAGGACAGCGAUGAGGAAGGUGGCGGAGGGGUAGAGAUUGAGGGACUUGCAGAGGGGAAGGAUGAUGAGGGUGACUCGGACUAA